AACGCACAGAGCUGCAAUGUUGCACCGUGUUGUCGUGAACUGGAUUUUAAUUUUAUAGAAAUAUUUCCUUUUAAUUAAAGUUUAUUUAUAUAUUUAUGGUCUGUCUCUUUUUAUCUUUACGUUAUUCGGAACGCCGUUACUCGCAAUGAAUCCUCUGACCAACGUGAAGAACAUAAAGAAGCUUGGUGAGCAAGAAUUACAAGGUAGCAGUAAAACAUCUUGGCACGAUCAGUACAAAGACAGUGCUUGGAUUUUCAUUGGUGGUCUACCAUACACCUUGACAGAAGGGGACAUCAUCGCUAUUUUCUCGCAAUACGGCGAAGUAGUUAACAUAAAUUUAGUCAGAGACAAGGACACUGGGAAACAAAAGGGAUACGGCUUCCUAUGUUACGAAGAUCAGAGAAGCACUAUAUUGGCAGUCGACAAUUUUAAUGGCAUAAAGAUUCUCGGUAGGGUAAUACGAGUGGAUCACGUUUCUAAUUACAAGGCACCGAAAGAAUCCAAACACACAGACGAGGAAACGAGAAAGUUGCGCAAAGAGGGUUGCGCUCCGAAGAAACAUUAAAAGUGUGUACGACGUACACGCAUCAAACGUGAAGUAUCGAUACCUUUCCAGUUAGUUACUAUGUAUGAUAUGACAAAUAUAAGUUUAUGCUCA